AUUGUGUGUAGAUUGAUGAGGACAUGUUUAACUUUUUUCUUCUUUAUAAAAAAAAAUCAAUUUUAGGCUGUACCGUAACAAAAUGUAUAAAAGGGGCAGGGGUCUGAAUACUUUCCGAAUGCACUUGUAGGCCUACAGACGAACAAAAGAAACCAUUGGAGGAUCAAGGCUUGAAUACGCCUAUAGGCCUAGGUCAGAACAUGGUCUGUAAUGUUCUAAAAGGUGUUUGCCUUUGUCAUACACACAGUAACACCAUUCAAGAAGACCCUAUAGGCGAGUUCUUUUUCAAUGACUUUCAGAUCCCUACAGUCCUGCAGGCCAGUUCAGUGUUUUUCCACUUCGCAUGUAAAGAUGUGUUGCCUGGUUAUUACUUGUGCGCGUGAUUAACUUCCAAUGUUUUCCUUUAAAAAAAAAAAAUGAAAUCAUUAAAAUAUCUAACCUUAAGUACAGUGUUAGAGAGGCAAGCUCGAGUAUCAAAGCUUUUAAGGGAUUUAAAAUAAAAUGGUUUCGUCUCCUUGGAAAUUCCUUGCCGUUUGCACAUUAUACGCUGUUAAGCCUGGGGGCUUCAUUGCACAGUCCAUCAGUAUUUGCUUUGCACUGAAGGCUGCUGUCAAGCAAUGGUGCCAACUGUUUGGCAUUCUAUAACUAUCAGCCCAACAGUCUCCCAUAUUUCACAGUUUCUCUGUAGUUUUAUAUAACCUUCUACAAACACAUUUUUUGCAAAGAUGCAAAAUAAAAGGGCUUAUAUUCACCAAAACCCACCGCCUCAGUUUACAAACAAGUGCAUGGGCAGCACUUUUGACUGGAAAUUGAAGAUUAAUACGGUGAGUGAUUUACUAUUCAUUGACUAAAUAGAUUAAACAUGGUUGACAGACAUGCUUUACUCUCACACUGCCACACCAUAUUAUAAUUCACCCAACCAAGGUGAUUGAAUAUUUCAUUUAGUCUUUUAGACGUUUAGUAGAAGUCCACAUCGUUAGAAUGGCGACACCCCCUGGGAUCAACACAGAGCUCCGAGGUUGAGGUGCUGUUGUCGGGAUCAACACAGAGCUCCGAUGUUGAGGUGCCGUUGUCGGGAUCAACACAGAGCUCCGAGGUUGAGGUGCCGUUGUCGGGAUCAACACAGAGCUCCGAGGUUGAGGUGCCGUUGUCGGGAUCAACACAGAGCUCCGAGGUUGAGGUGCCGUUGUCGGGAUCAACACAGAGCUCCGAGGUUGAGGUGCCGUUGUCGGGAUCAACACAGAGCUCCGAGGUUGAGGUGCCGUUGUCGGGAUCGACACAGUCAAAGAGUUUGGAAUUGGGAAACACAUCUAAGAUCUCCCAGAUCUCCUUAGAGUUGUGUUGGGUAUUUCACUCUCCUGUUACAUCAUGCCAACUCAGUAAAUUAACCCUGUUCCACGCGUUUAAAACAUAUUUAGCUUCAAGCGCCUAUCGAGGUCAAAAUCGAAUUGCGAUUGUUAUUAACGGCACCAGACGCGGAUAGACACUCGGUUGCGUGUGACAAUCCAAGGGAAACCAAAAUGGUGCAGCAUGUGUCUGUGUAAUCUGCUCUGAUGCAAGGGUCAUUGUGUGUGUGUGUGUGUGUGUGUGUGUGUGUGUGUGUGUGUGUGUGUGUGUGUGUGUGUGUGUGUGUGUGUGUGUGUGUGUGUGUGUGUGUGUGUGUGUGUGUGUGCGCGUAUACAUGGAGGCUGAGGCAGAAAGGGUCCCUAGCCAAACAGUUGAACAGCCAUCUGUUUUGCCCUCAGAAAGCCCCCACACUGUCCAAUGGAAGACAGGGAUGAGGAGGAGAGAGAGAGACAAUAAAUAGAGAAAUUCACACUGACUGUUUCACACCCAUCGAACCCCCCAACCCCCCCAGGGAGCAGCUAAUGUGCAGCCAGCCUCCGUAUGUCAGCCGACCAGCAUUAUCCAUCACUAAGCAUUCAAUGUGAUAGGGACGGCAGACAGCUGUAUGUGAGCCAUUGUGACUGUUUGUGUCUCUCUGUCCUGGUGUGUGUGCGUGUUUUAAUUGGAUUGCAGUCUUGUUGAGUAUUUGUGUGUUUGCUUAAAUCAUGGUUUCAUUGGGUUGCAAUCGUGUGUGUGUGCCCUUUUUACUGUAUUACUUUGUGUAUAAUGUGUGCAUUCCUCUCAGCUGUAGGUAUGGACUCCUCCCUCUACUUGUGCUCUACCUGCUACCAGAUAUUCAACUCUCUGGAGGUGGUGAUCUCUCAUCAGCUCACCUGCCAACCUGUCAACACAGAGGAGACGGUCCCUGCAGCGCCACCUACAGCACAGACCGAGUGAUGUCCUAGAGCUCCAGAGUGGUGCUUCAGUCUCAGAAUGGACCAUCCCAGCACCAAGAGAGAAACCAAAAGAGAACCUUCAUGACGAACCCAAACCUGCCCUACCUGCACUCCCUCAUAGAGAAGAGAGCGACUGGAAGUCCGACCGGUUCCAACAUCCCUCAGAACCAGACCCAAACGCAAAACCUGACUAGCCCGGCCCUGCUCAUCCACUAUCAGUGUAGGGAAUGUGAGGCGUUGUUUGAGUCCCUGGAGCUGUGGCAGAAGCACAGCAAGCUGGGUGACUGUUCUGCAACCACUGGGUCAGAACCAAGGGACCAGGAAAUGGACACAGAGUGUCAGCCUGCGAUAGGAGAUGAAAAGGGGGUAGAGGGACAGAGUGAUGGAGGGAUGGAUAUGAAUAUAGAGGAGGAUGGUGACAAAGAGAGGGAGGAAGAGGUAGACUAUGGAGGAGGGAUGGAACAAGAACAUAGCAUUGAGAAUGAAUUGGAAUCAGAAACAAACUCCAACUCCCAGCAUUCCUUCCCCAACACUCCCAUGUUUACAAACCCUGCUGCCUGUAGUUCCAAUCCAACGGCUUCCUCCUCGAGCCAGACCUCCUUCUGUGCGGCCUGUGGCUCGGGCUUCAACACUGAGUCGGCGCUAAAGCUGCACCGUGUGGCCAUCCACGGCUUGCCGGGGGCGCUACAUCACUGUGACGUGUGUGGAGAGAGCUUUAUGAACACUACUAAGUACCUCUACCACCGCAGGCAGCAUCGAGACAGAGGGGAAAGGGACUCGGAGGGCUGCACACCCCGGGUGGACCACAUUUUACCUACGCCUCUGUUCCAGUGGAAAAGCAACAGUGCUGUGGUGAGUGGCGGAGAAGAGACCCCGACCCAUCCACCCCUCACUACCACCACCCUCCCCGACUCUUCCACCCCCCUACCGGCCCUGGAAACAAUACCUGGGGACCACUUCGGACCGUGCCCCCACUGCGGGCGUUUCUUCAAGAGCUGCAGCCGCAUGCGCACCCACAUCCAGGCCCACUCAGGCCUCAAACCGUUUAAGUGUGACCUCUGCCCCAUGACGUUCGCCUACCACAGAUGCGCGACGCGUCACCGUAUCACCCACAGCGCCCGCAAGCCUUACAACUGCCUGCGCUGCGGCAAGAACUACACGCUGUUGGGCACGCUCCAGACCCACCACCUACCACACGAACGCCAGGAUGCCUUGAACAAAGAUGGUGUUGUGGUGAAGGAGGGCACAGUCAAGGAGGAGGGUCGCGGUGUGGUCAAUGAUGUAGAGUCAAAGAACUCAAAGUACCCAACAUUUUUUCGAUACAAAUGCCCUGAUUAUCCACGCUGCUUCCGAAUGUCAUCUCAGGUGCCAGUUCACAGAUACUCUCGCACAGGGAAGUAUCCUUUCACCUGCUCCAUCUGUGGUGAACACUUCUUCCACAAGAGCAGGCUGAAGCUUCAUGCUCUCACACACGACGUCUGCCCUCGGCUAAGCGACGGAUCGCGCCCGUACUCUGCGGGAGUGGUGGACAUAGGCCUGGUUAAGGGAACAGGACAGGGUAGAGGCCGUGGCCAAGGCGGAAGGCGGGACAAGACCACAGGGCUUCUGGACUGUGAGUUCUGCCGCCAUCGCUGUGUCACCAAGGAAGGCCUGGACCUCCACAGAUUGUCCCACGCCGGCCAGACCCCCUUGCGCUGCCCGAUGACCCCCUGCAGACGGCGCUAUGCAACGGCUGCCUCCCUGGAAGAGCACCUCCUUACCCACUGCCCGGCGCCCGGGGACACGGUGGCUGCCGCCGACCUCCCCAAGCCCCGUCCCUUCCACUGCCAUCACUGUGGGAAGGACUUCACCACCGGCUCAUCACUCAGCGUCCACCUUCGAGUCCACACGGGGGAGAAGCCCUUUCAGACUCUGGAGCCUUUCAGAACAGUGCUCCCAAUGUUGGAAGAGCUUCCGACAGAUCCCUCACCUGCGCGACCACGAGCGUCUGCACAGUGGCGAGCGUCCCUUCGUCUGCGGUGUCUGUGGCAAGAGCUUCGUCCUGGCCGCCCGCCUCACCGAGCACGCCCGCACUCACAGCGGCGAGAAACCAUUCUCCUGCCCCGUGUGCCACCGGGCCUUCCGCUCCCUCUCCAACCUGGGAAAGCACCGCAAGACCCACCGCUGCUGCCCCUCCACACAGCCACAAGAGGGCAUCAGCGAGAAGACCGCUGUCCUAGGGCUCAAAAUACAGGGGAAUAUGGACAAUAUGGAGGGUCAGGCGGCUGUGCGUACAAUCUUACUUGUUCAGCCCCAUGUGGUCUCUCAGGGAGGGUCUUCUUCUGGAUCUGCUCCCCUUGUCCUCCUGCACCCCUCAGUUGCUGUGGGCAACGGGCAGGCCGGGACUGUGGUCAUCGAGGUCAUCGUGGAGCAGCCUGGUGAGCAGCGGGUGAAAAGUUGAUGCAACUUCAGACAUUUCACAAGAGGCUGCCAAGGACACCUGGAUAAAAAUAAUUUCUGAGAAGAACUGUCACAAUCUAAAAGGAGGAUAAGAAGUGGGUGGAGAGCAGGGAGUGAGGGGAACGGAGUGAAGUGGGACUUGAAUAAAUAAAAUGUGAAGGGUUGGUGCGGUGUUAAGAUUACAAGGAUCAGUUCUCAAUUUAAGUACGGAUGUAUAGAAUGGCUUUGAAGAAAGUAGAAUGUUUGAGCCUGUGUUCAAUCUCAAUUUGACACAGAGUGCCUUCCCAUCUGUUCUAUUUCUUUGAAUAAAAUGCUCUUUCCAUUUAAUUUGCAUCCUUUUGCAGGGAGACAGCAUGGGGGUUCUCUCAAACGAUUCAAUGGGUUUUAUUGGAAAGACAAUAAAUGUAAGCCCUUCACUAAAGUGCUUGCUUGACAAAA